GAAUAAGAAACAGUUUCUGAUGAUUCUGGGGUUAGCGCUGGUUUUUGAUGGUGCUCAGUGUCAGGAACAAGAUGUGUUUGUAGCUCAUGGUUCUCUAGCGGUGCUGCCAUGUAGGGAUGAGACAUCUGCGCUCUCACAUCCUACCGCAGUCUACUGGAGCAGGAUAGUCGGAAAUGUCCUGAAGACAGUUUGGCGGCGAGAGAAGAGCGGGUUAGAGUUUCGUCCGGUUAGAAACCCACCACAUGCUAACUGUCCCGUCCCGAAAUCUGGAAAGGCUGAUUACAGCCUUCACAUCGCUGAAACGACAAUCGAGGAUGCAGGAAAGUACAUCUGUGAAGUCGAUGGAAAGAUUCGGAUGCUGAAGGUCAUCAAUCUCAGAGUUGUAAGAGUGUCAUUUUCUCCUGCAGUAGUGGUGGAAGGAUUAAGAAUGGAGGCAACGUGUCAUGUCAGUCCUGGGACACAGUCUGUAAGAAUCAACUGGAAACGAAACGGCAAAUUAACAUGGAGAACCAGCCUCUCCAACGUGUCUCAAAAAGAUGGAGGAGACUGGACCUGUCAGGUUACAUACAAUGGUGGAGUGGUAGAGGCAACCGCUUCCUUACAGGUCAAAGGAAUCGUCACUCCUCAGAACGACUCUUCAGUGGUGUACGCUGCAGUGGGUUCCUCCGUCUCCUUGCCCUGCGUCUUCACCGAUGGUCUGAUCCCUUACACUGCGACGUGGAACAGAACCUCCACAACAUCAUACUCUCCUCUUCCUCUCCCUGAAUCUUUCAACAAGUCUGCUGGGCCCUCAGCAUCAGCUGCUAUACAGACAGUGCAGGAUGGAGAUGAAGGGAUGUACACAUGCUCAGGAACGAUAAAGGGAUUGAAUGGAGAGACGAAUAAAGUACUAAGAAGGAUGGAGCUAGUUGUAGCUCGAGUUUUGAGUUCGUCAUCAUCCAGUGGUAACGGUCCCAUGUCCCUGAGCUGCCAUCUCAGCAACUCCAGCCAGAUCACUUCCUAUGAGUGGCUCCGUGUGAAUUACGGCCCAAACGACACUCAAAUGGUGACCUCUGUUCAAAAGACAAAGAGCGUCAGGAUUCAAGAAGUCAGUGAGAAAGAUGCUGGUGAAUGGGUUUGUCGCUACUACGGGGAGCAAGGAGUUCUGGGGAACGUGACUUACGAACUUCAUGUGAUGGGUGCUGUAAAGAGUGAAAAUUCAAGUUCUGGCAACAAAACCGCUAUGGUUGUAGGAUUAGGGUUUUUCUUCUUGGUGGCAUUCCUGGUUGUGUUCCAGAUGUACAGGAACUACCGCCGGAAGAAGAUGAUCCUUCUUUACCCUGCGAUGGAAACCAUCGUCCAUCAGGCCGCCACUGAACGAGAGCAGAGAGAGAGGAGCAGGCCAAAAAUGACUGAAGCGUGUGUCGGAGAUCUCUAACCAGUGUGUGUGUAAACGUGUGUGUGUGUGUUUGUGUGUUAUGGUAGAUGCCUAUGUGGAUGUGUGUGUGAGUUAGUUUUAAACACAGACAACUGUAGCAGUCCAUUUAAACUGUAAAUACAUCACUGACAUAUAAAUGUAUACAUUUUGUAAAAACGAAUUUUGGUGCAAAUAUGUUUUAAAUAUAAAUGUAGAAUCUAUGUAAAUAAAGGGGAAACAUAAUUCAUAUAUCA